AUGAACUCACAGUCUGCUGUGGCCCACAAGUUUCUUUUCAAUCAAAUUCGUCGUAUAGUCUUUGAAGACACGGGAAAGGAUAUCCAAUAUCACCAUCUGCACUCUCCAAACCUCUCUUCCCAUCAAGGAAUUUGUCAUUGGGGGAUCGAUCAGGACCGUGGCCAGGCAAAAGGUUUAGGCAUGCACCUGCAGCAGAUAGCUCAGGAGGAACUGCCGCAUAGUACUUUGGACCUUCAUGAACCCUGGAAACGACUGGUGGACCUGACAGACUACGAGCAUGUUCACCGAUUGGUCUCUGAGGCUGUCAAAACCGACAUGAGAUCGUUGAUGUGCAUCGAGCACCCGGAUUGGGAAGGAACACUUCAGCGUAUUCGGCAGGAAGGAAAAGCUGCUGGUAACCAAUGGCUCGACGACAAGAUAAACUCGGGUUUCGCACUGGAAGCAAUGUGUCAGGCCAAAAGCAAAAUUCCCUUAGACAUUUGGUGCACCAGUAGUCCCUCCACAAAUCUCUCUGAAGCACUGCAUGCAGACGUCAACCGAGAAGGGAUACAAUGUUUGCUUGUUGGUGCUAUAUGCCGUGGCCAUCAUUAUGAUCUUAUGCAUCUCAAAGCUCAACAGGUCCACAGUACCAUGGGCAUCCUAUCAUGCAAUAACCCCACCAAUUACAUGCUGAGAGAGAGUCGCUCCCUCCAACGACUCUCAUGCUCCCAAUCAGGUAUCCUGGACAAAGUGGAUGCCGCGAUCGAGAAACAGAAUCAGCAACUUCGAAAUCGUCAUGAGCAAUAUCGCCGUGCUCAUAGGGCAUCAUUAGAGUCUCCCAAUGACUGCAAUCUCCAACAGAAAGCUCAGAAAGCUCAAGCCGCCUUCGAAACACAGAAGGAAAAAAGUCAUCAGCUGGAACAAAAAUGUGCAGGGUCAGCCAUCCAGGACGCGACGUUGACCCUCCCUGAGUCUGCCACUUUCAGCACCGCUAAAUUGCUAAAGACAAACGCGGCUGAGGCCCUGGCCCCUGAGCUUUUCCUUUGA